AUGAUGAUUGUCGGGACAUACUUGGACAACUUAGUAGUGACUGGUACAAACGACAGCAGGGUUUCUCAAUUCUUCACUGACAUUGCUGUGCUGGAGCUCAAGGACCUCGGCGUUUCCAGCAAAAUUUUGGGAAUUCGCGUUCAAUACAAUGAGCUCAAUAGCUACAAGUUCGACCAAGAAGUUGCUUUUGUGGAGAUGCUCACCAAGUUCGGAUUGGAAAAAACCAAUCCAGUGCGCGCAUCAAUCCGAGGAGAAGUUUCGGCAGAGGCUGAUAUGGUCAAGCUACAAUCGCAUGCGACGAAGAAGACAGUAUCGGUGGAACCGACGGUUUCUAGCUUUCAAUCACUAUUGGGGAGCUUGCUGUGGCCACAGACAAGCCAUCGACAUAAAUAUGCCUAA